AUGAUUAACUCUGGUGAGCUGGAGCAAGCAAUCCAUAGAGACAUUGGAAAGAGGGGACUCGAAACCUUGUUUCCAAUCGUUUGCGGGUCUUUACAGAGAAGCGCUAGCUUGAUUCAACGUUGUAAUUCGAUUGCCAUUUUGACCGGAUUUAACAUACCACCCCAAGAAACAGAUGGUCCUCCGGGGGCAAUUGCCCUGGCAAGGGCUCUUUCUUUUCUUGGUAAAAGGGCGAUUUUCGUAGCUGAUGACUACUGUCAUGAUGUGUUGGCAGCUGGAAUAAAAGCCUCUGAUCAAUGCUAUUUAAACUCGGCAUCCUUUCCCAUUGAAGUUUUCCACAAAGAAGUCAACGAUCCUGAAAAAGCCCGCAUGAAAAGCGAAGCCCUGUGCAGAAAAUACAAUGUCGAUUGUAUGAUUUCAAUAGAACACGUGGGUCCCUCUUAUUCUGAUGGGCGAUUAUAUAGAAUGAACGGACUUGACACAACAGCAAAUGAAGGUUAUUCUUAUGUUUUCUUCGAGACACUUGACAAGAUCAAUAUCCCGAAAGUGGCCAUAGCAGACGGUGGGAAUGAGCUUGGAUGUGCCAAGAUUCUGGACUCCCUUCUUGAUAGCUCAAUAUGCAAGAUUCCGAAUAUUGAUAAAAUAGCAUGUAGAACCUCGUGUGACGAGCUGAUCCUUGCAGGUGUUUCCAAUUGGGGAGGAUAUGCCCUUUCAUUACUUAUAUCGCAAACAAAAGAGAUCCUCUGCGUCGACGCAGAGCGAAGCAUCCUAAAAGCAAUCGUUGAUGCAGGCGCGGUUGAUCCAAGAAAUGGCUCUGCAAUGUUUGUUGAUGGAUUGGCUUUUGAUCCAAUCCAUGCAGAUGUGAUCGCUGCACUUUUGAAAUGA